GUUGUUUUAAAUGGUCCCACGCAAUGUGACACUUGCCAAAUUUAGACGCAGAUUCACCAAAUUGGUCUCAAUGUAAAGGAAGUCAAAGAAGCGAGUGAGUAACCUAUAAGAUCGAAUCUGUUCGUCUUCUCAAAUCUUGAAGGUGAACAAAGCGAAGAAAGACAAAGAAGAAUGGGAUCAAUAGCGAAAAAGGGUCUCCAACAGUACUUGCUACAGCUUCAGCAACACCCUUUACGAACAAAGGCAAUAACGGCGGGAGUGUUGUCGGCGAUCAGUGAUAUAGUGGCUCAGAAGAUCACUGGCAUUCAGAAACUUCAAGUCAGACGCCUUCUUCUCAAAGUGCUUUUUGGUGUUGCCUAUCUUGGACCAUUUGGGCAUUUUCUUCACUUAUUACUGGACAAACUUUUCAAGGGGAAGAGAGACAAGAGUACAGUUGCCAAAAAGGUGUUGCUGGAACAAAUUACUUCGUCACCCUGGAAUAACUUGCUUUUUAUGGUUUACUAUGGAUUAGUUAUUGAAAAGAGACCCUGGAUCCAGGUGAAAUCUAAUAUCAAGAGAGAAUAUCCAAAAGUGCAGUAUACAGCGUGGGCGUUUUGGCCAGUCGUUGGGUGGGUAAAUCACUUGUAUGUUCCGCUGCAAUUAAGAGUAAUCUUUCACAGCAUUAUUGCAUGUUGCUGGGGAAUAUUUUUGAAUCUACGUGCUAGGUCGAUGGUCUUGAAAAAAGCUUGAAAUCUUCAAAGUUGAUUCAUGAACAUGCAUGGCAACAUCUCCUUGUGUUAGUUGAAUUGAAAAUGGUAGCUUGGAAUUGCUUAUUUUGUUUUGAUUUUCAUGUUUUCGCUGAUCCCUCAUAACCAAGACAAAGUUCAUCUAGUAAUAAAUUGGUUGUAAUUGUCCUGUGUCAUCGAUCAAGUGCUAGGCAGAAUGUUGCACACAUGGUAAUGUGAAAAGUUGUCAGUUCGAAAAAGUAACGCCCUUCAAAUGUGACUCAAAAAAGCAAGAUUGUGGCAAGAGAUGACAGUGAAUUAUGUUUCACAAUUCAACAUUGUUAAUGUAAAAUUGAAACUGAGUUGCUGCUAUCUGUAUACCAAGUCCUGGAUGGUUGGUGUUAUUCAUCA